CCAUUACUCUAACCCUAAGCCCAACUAAGUCCCACGUUACCUACUAUGCUUUACUCUCAAUUUGGCCUUUAACAAAUUUCCGUUCAAAGCAUAGCAGCAACAGCGGUGAUGAAUAACUUCGUCGGCGGCGAAUAAUUGGUCGGCCACAAGACAGAGUUCGCUUGCUUUGUUGGUGACGCAAGCUUUUGGUUGGUGAGGCAUCUACAAGGGCUGAGGAACUAUUCUGAGCUCCCUUCAAUCCAAAUUCUAACAGGUCAGUUUUCAAAACUUAUUUUUCAUACUUUAAUUUUGAAGUGCAUAUAAAUGUUUGACUUGUUAAUAAAAUCGACUCUUUAAACUACUUUUUCAAUUUUUUACUAUUAUAGUAGUAGAUUCAUAUAAUAUGAAUCAUGAGUGGGUGAAGACCUCAAAUCGGAUUGCUCCAGAAUAUGUGGCUGGGAUUAAGGAGUUCAUAAAUGUUGCCAAGCAGAACCUAGAUGGAAAUGGAUUGACACCAUGUCCUUGUCGUGAUUGUCUUAAUUCGAGGUUUCAUCCUAUUGAUGUUAUCAGAUCUCAUCUGAUAUCUAAAGGAAUUGAUUAGUCAUAUGUACAAUGGGUAUAUCAUGGUGAAGACCAGUCUCAUGAUGAUGAAGGUGUUGGUAAUGGAGAAUCGGAAGAUGAUGAAUUUGAUGGUUUGAGAGCGGGUUUACAUGAUGCAUUCAGUAAUCAAUAUUUCAAUAUUGGGGAUGCUUCUGAUUUUUCUGAAAAUCAAUCACCCAUAGCAGAAGAGGCUCAUUAUGAGAAGUUAUAUGAAGCUUUAGAUAAUCCGUUGUUUGAAGGAUGUCAUAAAUCUUCGGCAUUGACCUUUAUUGUGAAGCUGGUGAAUAUAAAGGUCAUGCACAAGUGGAGUGAUAGCUCUUUUGAGAUGUUGUUAAAGCUACUUCAGGAGGUUUUCCCUCAAAGUAAUAAUUGUCCAAAAAGCUACUAUGAGACUAGGAAGCUACUGUGUGACGUUGGUUUAGGUUAUGAGCUUAUUGAUGUUUGCCAAUUUGAUUGUAUCUUGUUCUAUGGUAACCAUAAAUAUGAUAUCACAUGUCCUAUAUGUAAUUGUAGUAGAUACAUUCGGAAGAAGAUUCCACAUAAGAGGGCAAGAUACUUCCCCUUGAGUCUACGUCUGAAACGAAUUUACGCUUCACGUCACACUGCGAGAGACAUGCGUUGGCAUAAGGAAGUGCGUAAGGAAGAAAUUGGAGUUCUACGUCAUCCCGCCGAUGGAAAAGCUUGGAAGCACUUUGAUGGGUUGUACCCAGAAUUUGCUGAAGACUCGAGAAAUAUAAGAAUGGGGUUAGCUUCAGAUGGGUUCAAUCCAUUUAGUAAUCCAGUUUGGGAGUUUACACCUCAUAAAAGAGACUCCCAAUUGAUCAAAAAGAUUGCUCUGAUUAGAGAUCAAAUUGUCUCUCAUUUCGACAACACCCACGAUGCCAUUAGUUUUCUCAAUACUUGCCAAACUAAUGGCAAGCUAUCCUCGAGUUUGGUGUACAACCUUCUUAGAGUUAAGGGGGGAACUCAAAUGUGGAUGUCUUUCAUUUGGAAGAACUAUAUCCCCCCUAAGUUCUCCUUCACGGUUUGGUUAGCCUUUCGUAACCGCCUUGCCACUAUUGAUAACUUGCAUAGAUUAGAUGUUGUUAAUGUUUGCCCCCUUUGUAAGGGUGGUCCGGAAACGGUACCACACCUAUUUUUUACUUGUGCUUUUUCAGGUAAAGUUUGGCAUAGAGUCAGGACGUGGCUGGACAUUCCUAGGGAGAUGGGGACCAUGCUGAACUCGUUGAAAUGGAUCAAGAGGAAGAGACAAGGCUCGGGGAUCAAAGCUAAGGCGGCUAGGAUUGCUUUUUGCUACUCCAUCUACUGGAUCUGGAGAACCCGGAAUGCUACAUGCUUUGAUGGCCUUGUUCCCAAAGAAGAAGUCGUUUUUGCGAGGAUUCAAUACAUUGUUUACAAGAUUUUGUACAGUCUUUAUCCGCAUGAACUUGUAAAGUUGUGACUUGUUGUGCCUAACCAUCUCUUUGAUUGGUUUUGGCGUUUCUUGUGGCUGUUUUUUGGGCUUGUUUGUGCUUCACCACAGCUUGGUUUUGGUGUGGGGCGUUGCUUGUUUUUGAGCUCUUUUGCUGGUUUGGGUUAUCCAUGUUUGGAUAACCUGCAGUUUUGUUUCCCUUUUUGUUUGUACAUUCUGAAUCUCUGUUUUCUUGGGUGGUUCUUUUAAUAUACUUACAGUUCAUCCAAAA